UCAUCGCACCCGAAAUCCGAACAACUAAAAAAUGGCGACUUCAGCUGCAACACUUUCCUUCUUCUCAUCCUCCCUUUUCCUCUCUUCUCCCUCCGCAAAGCUCCCAACUUUCCUUUCCCUCUCCUCUUCUUCAAAAUCCAUCCUCUCAAUUUCUUCCCAGCUUUCCACUCUCCCCAUUUUAUCCUUCACCGGUGAGAAAGUCGGCGAAACCUAUCUCGAGCUCAAGUCUGCUCCACCCGAGACCGCUCGAGCUGUCGUUCACCGAGCAAUCACCACCGACCUUCAAAACAAGCGUCGCGGUACCGCCUCCACACUCACCCGCAGCGAAGUUAGUGGUGGUGGGAAAAAGCCUUAUCCCCAGAAGAAAACCGGAAGGGCACGUCGUGGGUCUAUGCGCACUCCGCUCCGUCCCGGCGGUGGUGUUAUCUUCGGACCGAAACCCAGAGACUGGUCGAUUAAAAUCAACAAAAAGGAGAAAAGAUUGGCGAUUUCGACGGCAUUAUCCAGUGCAGCUGAGAACACGAUAGUAGUGGAAGAUUUCGGGGAUAACUUCGAGAAGCCAAAGACGAAAGAUUUUAUCGAGGCGUUGAAGAGGUGGGGAUUGGACCCAAAGCAUAAAUCUAUGUUUUUGUUGAUGGAUGUGCCGGAAAAUGUGGAUAAAUCGAGUCGGAAUAUCGGGACUUUGAGAAUGUUGACUCCCAGGACACUUAAUCUGUUCGACAUUCUGAAUUGCGAUAAUCUGGUGCUGACUCCGGAUACGGUGGAGUAUCUGAAUGGAAGAUACGGAGAAGAGUAUGAAGGUGAAACUGAGGAUGAAGAAGAAGAAGAAGAAGAAGAAGAAGAAGAAGAAGAAGAAGAAGGCGCUGAAGAGGCAGAUGAGAAUGCGGAUGGAGCGCAAUGAACUGCUCUUUCCAUCGGUUAACCUACGAGCCAUGUCAUACAUGCUGAAGAAACUCAAGGCUUGGCCUAAAUCAAAGAUUGUUGUAGGCUAGUUUUGGUGAUUUAUUUAGUGCAUUAUUUUUGUAUCUUUGCCAUUUAGUUCAUUAAUGCUCUAAUAACA